AUGACACCGCCACCACGACAAAGGCCCCAACGGAAUCCGCAGUUUUCUACCGCUUCGCGGUUGAUUGUCUUACGCGAGCCCUCGGCCCGGCCGGCGCCUGUGCAUAAGGAUGAAUCACUCGGGCUCUCGUCAUCCCAGACGGACGAGACGUUGGAAUGGGGCACCCAUGCUGUUACGCCGAACGAUCUCCUGCCAACAUCCACCGCGGAAACCUCCGCAUUCCACGCACGUAGCCACGCUUUGCACGCCUCGCUUCAAGGCGAGUACGAACAACGCUCACACUGGCAUCGAUCUCGGCAGCAAACGAAUAGCCGCACGGCCUUACUACCGCUUCCUACGCCGCCAUCGUCUCCACCUAUCUCCAUCCGCCCACCGGCGUUUUUCCAGGCCUGUUUUGCUACGCCGCCCAAACACAAUGACACUACCCACGAAGACGCUCCUGAGGCCAUAGCGCACGCAUCGUCGACGCCUGCCCACGAAACGACUGUGUCAGUUUUUCCUGUGGCCAGCGCUGUCCCACCGCCGCCCUCACCUACGUCAUCGCUUCGAUCCCUCUCACCGGAGAGUGAGCUUGCAGCGCUACCUGCUCGUCCUCCUGCGCCCCCCUCUACCUUUGCCUCGAGUGUACGCAUUCACGGCUGGCACCGUGUCGGAUCUCUUGCACGUGGAUGGAUUGUCUACGACUUGCAAGUUACUACUUCGUCGGGCCCUACUAUUUCUGUGCACAAACGAUACAGCGACUUUUGUACAUUGGCCGACGAGCUCCGUCGCGAAGCGCCAGCUUACGCCGCACACUUACCACUGCUACCGCCUCAGCAUGUGGGGCUGUGGCACAGGUACCAUCCGUCAUUCCUCGAGGAGCGUCGACGGGCACUACAGCACUGGCUCGCCCAAACGUUGCUGGACCGACGGUGGGGGCAAACACAGGCCUAUAAGGAUUGGAUUCUUGCGAGGUAA